AUGCCUACUAAUCUAUUUAAGAUUCGAAUCAAAUUAAAUGAUUGGAGCAAUAUUAUGGAACUGCAUACAGAAAUAAAGGAAGCGGAACACUUAGAUGCUAAUUAUAUCUUAUGUAAAUUAAUAACUGACAAUGCAUUUCAGUUUUGUAUUUUUGAUAAAGAGUAUGGUCUGGAGAAGCAUUAUCGUACAAAAGAAAUGCAGUCCUUUAAUCCACAUUCUGUGUUGCCAGCUUUAAAGGAUAUGACAGACAAUCAGCAAGUUCUCUCAAAAAUCAGUGAAUUAAGUAAAGCUUAUGAAGAAAAGAAACAGACACUAAUAUCUAAAAUUAAGUCACAUGAUAGUUUAAAUUUAUUUACUGCAAAUAUUGCUGAGGAAAUCACUAACGACAUUCGAGAAUUUGAGGAGGCUAGAAAAACUCAACAACUACAGAGUGGAUCUAAUUGUGGUGCUUCUACUUCAAAAGUUGAAUUAAAAAAAAGAGUCAGUACUAGCAUACAGAAAAAAAUGCGACCUCUACUUCACGAUGGCUUUCAAACAGAUUCAAAUGAAUCAGAAGAUGAUCUCGAAAUUGAAGGAUAUGAUUCGGAUAUGUCAGAUUUAGAAUAA